CCAAAAUUCCAAACACCAUUCAAAACUCACACCACACCCAAAUCUUAAUACACCACACACCAAAAAACCAUGUCUAGCUUCACUCAUGCCACUACACUCCUCCAUGCUCACAUCAAAACCAAACACAAAAUCACUCCAAACAACAACAUUAACAACAACCUUAACAACAACAACAACAACAACAACAACAACCUUUCAUCUUCCAAACAAAAUGCAACCAAUAGAAGAAACUUAAUUUCCACAUUUCUAUCAACAUCAAUGGUUGUUGGAGUUUCCAUUGCCACAACAGCACCAUUGGCAUUAGCACAGAAUUGGGGUACUCGUUCUUUUAUAAGAGAGCAUUAUUUCGAGCCCGGGCUUUCGCCUGAAGACGCUGUUUUAAGGAUAAAACAAACAGCUGAAGGGUUACAUAACCUUAGGGAAAUGUUGGAACAUUUGUCUUGGAGGUAUGUUUUGUUUUAUAUAAGAUUGAAACAGAAUUAUCUUGAUCAGGAUUUGAAAAACGCUAUGACUACUUUGCCGGAAAAUCGGCGCAAGGAGUAUGUCAAAACUGCUAAUGAAUUGGUUGAUUACUUGACUGAGAUGGAUCGUCAUGUUCGAUCGCCAAAGGUAUAUGAAUCCUACUUAUACUACGAGAAGACAUUGAAAUCCAUAGAUGAACUUGUAGCUAUGUUAGCAUAGUGCAAAGAUGAAGAUGCAGGGUAUUGGUAUUUUGAAUUCUAAUUGUAUAAAACACAUAUUGUCUUUUUUUUUUUACCAGUACUUCUGAGUUUAAACGUGAUUUUUAUAUAUAAAGUAUAGACGUUUAUAAUGAAAAGAAA